UGCGGAUCUCCUCCUCUCCUCAUCAUGGCUCUGGUGAUGGAACCGAUCAGCAAGUGGAGCCCCAAGCAGGUGGUGGACUGGAUGAAAGGGCUGGACGACUGCUUGCAGCAAUACAUCAAAAACUUUGAGCGAGAGAAGAUCAAUGGAGAGCAGCUACUACACAUCACCCACCAGGAGCUGGAGGAGCUCGGAGUCACCCGGAUCGGCCAUCAGGAACUCAUACUGGAGGCCGUGGACCUGCUGUGCGCACUGAAUUACGGUCUGGAGACGGAGAACCUGCGCACUCUCUCCCACAAACUCAACGCGUCCGCCAAAAAUCUUCAGAACUUCAUCACGGGUCGGAGGCGGAGCGGCCACUACGACGGGAGAGCGUCCCGGAGACUCCCCAACGACUUCCUCACCUCUGUGGUGGAUCUGAUCGGUGCUGCUAAGAAUCUGCUGGCCUGGCUGGACAGAUCUCCGUUUGUCAGUGUGACGGAAUAUUCACUCCUGAAAAAUAACAUCGUUCAACUGUGCCUCGAACUGACCACCAUCGUCCAACAGGAUUGCACGGUCUAUGAAACAGAAAAUAAGAUUCUCCAUGUGUGUAAAACUCUGUCUGGGAUCUGCGACCACAUUAUUUCCCUCUCAUCCGAUUCGCUGGUGUCUCAGUCGGCCCAUUUGGAAGUUGUCCAUCUCACGAACAUCAUGCCGAGUGAAGGACUGGGUAUGUACAUCAAAUCUACGUACGACGGCCUCCAUGUCAUCACAGGAACCACGGAGAACUCACCUGCCGACCAAUGCAAGAAGAUCCAUGCCGGUGAUGAAGUCAUUCAGGUCAACCAUCAGACGGUGGUUGGUUGGCAGUUAAAGAACUUGGUGAACGCAUUGAGGGAAGAUCCUAGUGGGGUGAUCCUGACACUGAAGAAGAGACCUCAGAAUACUCUGGCGUCAGCACCCGCACUCCUGAAGAAUGUCAGAUGGAAACCACUCGCACUUCAGCCUGUGAUUCCAACCAGUCCCACGAGUGGUAACACAACCCCCACGGGAACAAUGGGAAUGCCUUCCAAGGUGGACAGCUCCACCCUACAUGACGUCUUCAUCCUUUCCCCCGUGUCUGGACUGUAUGGCCCAAGAGACGACAUCGGCAUCGUGUCCUGCGAUGACAUCAACAAGUACGGCGUCGGCAAGAUGGGGAUGAAGGGCUCGGAGUCGCCCAGCUACUUCCUCGGGCACGAGAGCGGCAAAUAUUACACUCUGAUUGAAGGUGAGGGACAUGACGUGGGCUCAGAGUAUGACAGAGGUAGAUCGACAGGGGUUCGCAGAAGAGAAAAGACGCCGACUCACGGUGACCUCCGACCCGUGUCCAUGCCAACCGACUACAGCUGGAUAGGAGACCCCAAAGAGCCCAACAUGUACAAGAGAGGCAGCAGAGACUCUGAGAACUCGCUGCUGCGAUAUCUGAGCGAUGACAAGAUUCUGGUGAUACAAGAGGAGCCGCCGACCCAGAAAGACAACAAGAAGGACACGGGCCGGAGGUCCCGGAAAAAGAGCAAGAACCCCGGGAGCCCCAGUUACCCCAUCAGCCCCUCAAUGCUGACCUCCAGCGGGCGACUGGACCCGGCCCAGCAAGAUGCACUGACCUUCUCUAUGGCGGAGAGCAACACCGUACCCCUCUACCAUAGAGCGACUGACACGAUCGGGGGAGACACAGAGAGGUAUACAAGUUCAGCGGUGGAGCGUCAGGGGAACACAUCGAUGAGGAAGUCUUUCCAUUACGCAUCUCUGAGGGUAAAAACCAAAAAGCGAUCGAAAGGAAGUUCUCUGACCAGCGGGAGCAGACGGAGGAUUUCCUGCAAGGAUCUCGGCCACGGCGACUGUGAGGGAUGGCUCUGGAAGAAGAAAGACGCCAAAGGUUACUUCACCCAGAAGUGGAAGAAGUAUUGGUUCAUCCUGAAGGAUUCCUCCCUCUACUGGUACACCAACCAAAACGACGAGAAGGCCGAGGGGUUCAUCAGCCUCCCGGAAUUCAGGAUAGAUCGCGCCAUCGAAUGCCGGCGGAAACA